GUCAUCAAAUUUCAAGAUGGCAGCCUCCAGGAGUGUCGGCAUGUGCCGGUUAGCUCGAAUUUUCAGUCUUUCAAGGGGUCAAGUUAGUAGAUCACAGCGAUUCUAUCACGGCGCGAUUCCUCAGGCAACUGGAAUACCACCAUUUAGUCAAAAUGAUUCAACAUCAGCUAACCAUCAAGAAACUUCAAGACAUCGAAGAGGACAUCUCCGUAUUAUCAGACGGUACUCGUCAAACACUGCGGAAACAGAGUCAAGUUCUGAACCUAUAACAGGAAUCACUGAAAAUGAGACUGAGAAUACAGAACAGGAGCCUAUCAAACACAACAUCAUCCAAGAUUCAGAGGUAUCAUCAGGAGACUUUCAAGAACAUGAAUUUCAAGCUGAGACCAGAAUGCUUUUAGACAUUGUUGCUAAGUCUUUGUAUUCAGAGAAUGAGGUGUUCAUCAGAGAGCUGGUGUCCAAUGCUAGUGAUGCCCUUGAGAAGCUUCGAUAUCUUCAGCUGACACAGGAUAACCUUGAGAGACCUGGAGCAUUAGAGAUACACAUAGCAACCAAUCAGGACAAGGGAACAUUCACUAUACAGGAUACUGGUGUUGGUAUGAAUAAAGAGGAGAUGGUUGAGAAUCUAGGAACCAUUGCAAGAUCAGGGUCAAAGGCAUUCCUCAAAGAACUGCAAGAGAAGGGUGGUAGUUCUGAUGGCAGUAUUAUAGGACAGUUUGGAGUGGGUUUUUAUUCAGCUUUCAUGGUAGGAGAUAAGGUAGAAGUCUUCUCUAAAUCACACCAAAAGGAUGCUAAAGCUUGGCAUUGGUGCUCAGAUGGGUCAGGUAAAUAUGAGAUGAGUGAGGCUGAUGGUGUGAUGAAAGGAACAAAGAUUGUGAUUCAUCUCAAGAAGGAUUGCUGGAAGUUUGGAAUGGAGUCAGAUGUCAAAGAUAUCCUCCUGAAGCACAGUAACUUUGUGGGAGUUCCCAUCUUUCUCAAUGGUACGCUAAUCAACACAACCCAGGCCCUCUGGACUGAGGAACCCCGUAACAUCACAGAACAGAACCACACUGAAUUCUUCCAAUACCUCACUAAGAACACCUAUGACACGCCCCGUUACACCCUCCACUUCAAGGCCGACGCCCCUCUCAAUAUACGCAGUCUGUUCUACGUCCCGAAUCGACCACCGGCGAUGUGGGAGUACAGUCAGCAAGCUGAUAGUGGAGUAUCCCUCUAUAGUCGGAAGAUCCUCAUCCAGCACAAGGCGGAGAAAAUAUUACCCAAGUGGUUGCGGUUUGUUGUAGGUGUUGUAGAUAGUGAAGAUAUUCCAUUGAAUCUUAGCAGAGAAUUGCUUCAGGACAGUGCCCUUAUAAGAAAGCUGAGGACUGUACUGACCACUCGAUUGGUCAAGUUCUUUACUGACCAAGCUAAGAAAGAUCCUGCUAAAUAUGAUGAAUUCACCAAUGAGUAUAGUUUGUUUCUCCGAGAGGGUAUUGUGUCUGCACAGGAACAGUCAGAGAAGGAGGAGAUAGCUAGGUUGCUAAGAUAUGAGUCAUCAGCCUUACCAGAGGGACAGAAAACCAGUCUGAUUGAAUACGGAGAAAGGAUGAAGGGAGGAGAAAGGAAUAUAUACUACAUCUGUGCACCAAGUCGAGAGCUGGCUGAGGGCUCCCCUUACUUUGAAGCAUUCCGGCGGAAAGAUCGAGAGGUAAUCUUCUGUUAUGAUGACUAUGAUGAAAUCACUAUGUUACAGCUGAGGGAGUUUGAUCGUAAGCUGCUUAGGUCGGUAGAGAGUGAAAUGGCAGGAGAUGAAUCCAGUGAAGAAUCAUCACAAGAAAAUGUCGAAGGAAGUUUGACCACAGUGGAAGUUGAUUCUCUUGUCCAAUUUUUGAAAGAUUAUCUAGGGGUCAAGGUCAAUGAUGUCAAGGUAACACAGAGACUGGGGCAGUACCCUGCAAUGAUAACAGUAGCUGAGAUGGGUGCUGCUAGACACUUCCUCAGAACAGCUAUGAAGAAUCGUACUGAAGCAGAAAAGAUGCAGCUACUCCAACCUACGUUAGAACUUAAUGGAAGCCAUCCAAUCGUCAAGAAAUUAUUUACUUUGAAAACAUCUGAUCCAGAUUUAGCCAAGAUGCUUGCAGAACAGAUUUAUGAUAAUGGAAUGAUAGCUGCUGGACUGGUAGAAGACCCCCGUCCUAUGCUCAAUAGGUUUUAUGCAUUCAUGGAGAAGUCAUUGGAGAAAUACUGAAUGAAAUGAUUACCAUUCUUGAGUGGACCAGUUCAAAUGCAAUGUGUCAUCCUGUGAAAGGAAGAUGUCGGGAGAAAGGAUUACCAUUCUUCAAUAGACUGGUAGAUGGUCUGCAAACUAUUCUCUUGUGCCCAGAUGGAUUUACAGAUGUGAACUAUGGCUGAUGGCCAUGACCCACCACCACACUACAUAGCACUCUUCAGACACAAGUCAUUCAAAUGCAUUGGGUAACCCAAGCAGUAUCUCCAGACAUCCGUUCGUAGCCUGUACUGAAAUGUCUGUUUGUUCUUACAUAGAAUAAUACCCCAUUCAUUAUCAUAUUAUCAUGUUCUCUUGGGCUUUGUGUAAAGUAAAAUAAUCAUAUUUUGUAACCAUUCUCCAUUAUUUCAUUGAAUCUUUUUUGUCAAUACAUGAAUUUAAAAUUUGACAUUGCUCUAAGUCAUUGUGUUCUAUAAAGCUUACACAUGUUGGUUAUGAUUAUAUGUUCAUUACAUAUACCGAUUAUAAAUGAAAAGAAAAUAAUCAGGGUUGUCACUUCAGCUGGAUAAAAAAGGUCACCUAGAAUGACCCCUUUCCUAUUUGGUUUUUUUAUUUUUCUAUGGCAGAAAAUAGUCUGAAUUUUAUAAUAAUCAUGAUACUAGUCUGAAUUUUAAAAGCGCACUUGUCAGCCAGCCAUGCUCAUAUGUCGAGUUAAAAGCUUUUUUUAUCAAACUUUUUAAACUGAAACCCAUGAUUAUCAACAAAAGUUAUUAAAUGGGACAGGCAGCAGCACAGCUACAACUUUCAUAACUCUAAGUACAUGUAGCAUCUCCCUACAUUUGAUCAUUAGCUGUAGUGAAAAGUAUUUAUACUUUGUAUGAUGAUGUCCUUUUCAAUGUGAUUAUAUGUUUCACUUGGGGCCAAUUUAAAAUGAAUUCUUGCUAAACAAUUCAACUUAAAAUACUUUUUUUUAAAAAGAGAUUUGUUUACAAAGAAAUAUUCAUGUCUUGUUGCAUGCUGUUACUUGUCUUAUACUGCCUUUUAUAAAGAAGUGUUGCUUCUUCAUCAUAACAGUGUUUUCAGUCGCUUAUUUAUAUGAACCAUGUGGAUAAGUGAGCUGCUAGGUCAUGGCCAUACAGAUGACCAUUGCAGAUGGUGCUAUUUUGAAGGCGUACACAUUCAUCAAAUGUGUUCCAUUUAAGAAAUAUGCUUGUCUAUAUUGGGAUUGUAUUUUUUUUGUUAAUAUUUUCUGUCAAACGAAUAGUGUUCUGAGCACUGUGUUGAUGAGUAGAAUAUCUCUUCAUAAUGUAUUUGUAAAUGACAAAAACCCACACUUUAUUAUGCUUUUUAUGGAGUAAAGUUUUGCUCUAUUUUGACAAAGGGAAACAAGUUACAUUUUAAUCAACUGAGUGUUUAUAUCACAUAUUGAGGCUUUCUUGUGGGAAAAAUGUUCAAGUGAAAUUUAUCCUGUUAUAUGAUAUGUUGAUAGUCAUCCAUCAAUCUAUAUACAGUCAAGCCUGUGAAUAGUGACCACUUGAAAUUGAAUCCCAUCGAGGCAGUGUAUGUGUAUAAGAUCAUGUCUGUAUAGCAAUCACCUUUCUAUUAAGGCCACAUAUUGUGUUUCCCCUUAGGUGAUCACUAUAGACAGGUUUCACUGUUUAUACAUAGGUGUUUUGUAAAUGACCGAGACCUAUUAAUUUUUACAUGGAAUGACACUUAAAAUACUUGCUUCCAUUUGUUGAAGGAGAGCAUUAUUAACUGUGGACAAAUCAAUCAAUGCUCAGUGACCAAAGAAAGUCAGUUAAAUUAUUAAUGUGGCAAUGUGAUUGAAUUUCCUGGCUUCUUUGCCUCAUUUUCUAUCUCCUUUGAAAAUUCAUUAACUUGAUCAUAACUUCAAAUACAGGUCAACUUGCACGAAUGAUUCAACUAUCCAAAAGUCAAAUAUUCACCAUUAUGACCAUAGUCAAAGCAAUUUUUGACCAGAUUAUGAAAAAUGUGUUUCAUACCUCCUCUUAGUCUAAUUGUUCAAAAUUUGAAGAGAUUUAUGUGUCCCAAUGGAUUGCACCCCGGGGGGGGGGGGGGGGGGGCACUCGACCAAAAAAGUAGUAGGUGUGUGCCGCAGGCGAGACAAAAAACGGGGGCCUUGGAGCGGGCUUAUUGUAAAAAGGAGGGUCCUCGGAACGGGCUUCGAAACUACAAAUGUUUGUGAAAACGGGGGUCCUUGGAACGGGUCGCCUGUGUGUGAGUUCGUAUGCAUCCCUAGCCUAGCUAUGGACAUGAUGGAUCGUGCAUGCAGCUAGCCCGGCGGUACGGGCGCCGGGUGCGCUAGCGCAGAGGCGAUGGUCGGACAGCGGUCUGCGGCCGCUUUUCACCAAAAUUGCGGCUCAUUGUAGCAGAUCAAUAUGGCCGGAACGGCGUAACGGAAAAUAUGCGAAGCUUCGGAGCGGAUUUCUUUCUUCUUUUUUCUCGAUAAGAAGAAAAUGCUAUGCUUUGGAGCGGCUUUCUUUGUUCUUUUUCUCAAUAAGACAAAAAUGCUAUGCCUUGGAACGGAAAAUUGAGUGUAAAAAUGGGGGUCCCCUCCGCGGCACAUACCCACUAUGCAUUAUAUACUGAGUGCCCCCCCCCCCUGGGGAUUGCACUGAGGCAAAGUUAUGAAUGAAAGAAUGAACUUGCUUUGUGGUCAAUAUUCAGAGCUUUCAAUUAGUAGUAUUUUAUCUUAUUUAGUAGGGUGAUAGGGGGAAAGUGACACCAAAUGGGAUUUUUGAAACUUGUAAGAAUGAUGAUAUUUUGGUAUGUUUUUUCAAAAUUUUAAAGAAAAAUAGGAUUUUAGCCUUUAAAAUAGGAUAAAAAGAAAUAAAAUUGAAAAAUUUCUUAAGAUUGGCUGCUCUGAAUAUUCGAUUCUGUAUAAGAAUAAUAGUAUUAGAUUCAUUUGCUAUUAUUCCUGUUUGGAAAUUUAAACCUGAUUCUCGAUUUAGCCUUAAUCACACGGGCGUUGGGGUCAUAUUGUACAAAUAUAUCAGGCUUUGAGAAAGUAUAGUGGGAAUUGAUUAUCCGAGGUUGGACUGGCAAUAACUAUUUUUCCCUAGGGAAAAAUAGUUAUAUUGCCAAUCCAACCAAGGAUUACUAAUUCCCACUAUGCUUAUGAAGGAAACGCCUGAUAUGUUUGUUUUAUAUCCCUCUUUAACUUGCAGACCUAGUCCUUACUGAUGUGCAACCAUCUAGACCAAUUCUAACGUUGCAGGACCUAGUCAAUAAUUAAGAGAUUGGUUUAAUAACAAAGAGGCUGUAGCGUUUCAAAUCAAUUGGUUCCAGAAUCAAAAGUCACAAAACGGCAAAAGAAAGACCAAUGAAAAUGAGAUGGGAUUAAAGCAUCAUACUUUGCUUGACUACUAUUGAGUCCAGUCAUUAUUGCCAUUCAUGCAUUAUGCUUCUUUAACCUCAAUAGGUGUGUUUAAAAUGUUAAUUUUAACCUCCUAUAACUUCUUAGUUACUGAGGCAAUCAAUUAAACAUGAUGGUGGUCAUAUUGUGAACUUUAAUAAACUGGUAAAUUUGUUUGAUCUGAUCUAAUUUUCAUUGGUCUUCCUUUUGCCAUUUUGUGACUUUGGAUUUUGGAACCAAUUGAUGUGAGGGGCUAUAGCUUCUCAGUGAUUGAACCAAUCUCUUAAUUAUUAACAUGUACUUAGUAAAGUAAAGAUUAUUCAAGCUAGCCUUUGUCAAAAUUUUGUUCAUUUUGAUUGAGUGGAAUUUGUGUAGUGCACUUGUGAAGUUUGAUAAGUUUCUUUUGGAGCCCAGUUUAUAUUGAUAGAAGGUUUCCUGAGAUGGCACAUCAUGACACUGAAUCCUCAACCCAAGCAUGAAGAUCAGUAAGAAUGAAGAAAUAUUGCAGACUCUUGCUUGGGGACAAUCAUUUAUGGUCUAAUAGUUCCUAGUUCUCUCAGAGUACAUAAUGAACAUUUUAUGUCAAAUCAUUCAAUAUGUUGUGAUUUCACCAUACUGAUACAGCAUGAGUGAAAUUACAUACCAAUAAUAAAAAAUAUGUAUAAGAA